AUGGCAUCUGGGAGUACUUCAGGAACAAUCGGACAAAUGGCUAAAUCGGAAUACAGAAAUUGGCUUGCGCUUGGUCAUGCUUUAACAACCGUGCUUUGCCGAGGUCUGCGCCCCUUUGUCCACCGAGAGACGGAAACCUUCUAUAGAAAUGUAUUGGCAAGAACUGCCGGACCCUGCACAUGUGUUUAUGUCCCGAGACGAAAACCAAACGAGUACCACGACAUGACUACCUGCGCGUGGGCUAACAUCAUUCAGGCCCAUCACCACCGAAAUAAACCGAAUUGGAAACAAAGUGAUCCUGCCAAAUGGAUGGACCCAAACCUGGGCCCCUGGGAAAUAGCUAAAGUCUUCCUUCCUGAUUUGGGAGGACAUGCCGACAUAAAGAGUGCAGAUGACUUGGACAUCACUGGAAUCUUGAAUCUGAUGUACUGGUGUAACCACUUCACUAUUCAUCAACCCUUGAUUAAUGAAGUCCGUGAUACACGAAACAACAAGUGGGUGCAUGUGCCAAAGCUUGAGUUAACGAAUGCUGAUAAAACAGAUGCUUUUGAUGCCAUCGUGAACUUGCUCAAUGAUCCUCAAUUAGCUCGAGAUCCAGACGCACAGAAAGCCCUUAAAGAAGUCAUUAAUCUUAAAAGUGUCACCGACUUACACAGUAUGGAGGCUCAAAUUUUGGCUGAUUUUAAAGAAGUAAUAAAUAAAGAGAUUUUAAACUUGCAAUUGGAGUCCGAGAAAAACAAAGAACAAGUAAGUCAACUGAAAGAGCAGCAGGAGAAUUUGGAAAAGGUCGUGGAGGAUUUGGGGCAAAAACACCAGGUUUUAUACGCAGCAUGGGUCUGGCAACUUCUGGCAUAUGUGCUCGGACGCCUCAUUAGAAGUCUUACACAUUUCAGGAAAGGGAUUUUCUUGAUGUUCCUACUUUGA